AUGGCAAGGAAGAAACUUUCUGUGUUGGAAAUCACUCUGAUAGUCCUCUUUCUAAUCGUUUCUAUUAUAGCUAUUGCUUUAAUUGCUGUCUUAGCAACUCGGUCAACUUCAAAUGAAAGUAAGUACUGUCAAAAGCAUUUAAGGUUAAUAUAAAGUUUAUUUGACAGUAGCAAGUGUCCAAGUGUACAAAAUGAUCCUGUCAAUGAGAGAAUAAAUUGUAUUCCAGAUCAACAUCCAUCACAGGACAUAUGUACUAAGAGAGGUUGCUGCUGGCGGCCACAGAACAACACUGUUAUUCCUUGGUGCUUCUUUGCUAGUAACCAUGGCUAUGAAACUGAGCAAAAUGUGGCAACAACAAGAACUGGACUUGAGGCCAAAUUAAAGAGGAUAUCUUCACCUACAUUAUUUGGAAGUGAUAUUAACAAUCUUCUUUUCACAACUCAAAGCCAGACACGCAACCGCCUCCGUUUCAAGAUUACUGAUACGAAUAAUAAAAGAUAUGAAGUUCCUCAUCAGUUUGUAAAGGAAUUUACUGGAACUGCAGCCUCUGAUCCAUUGUAUAAAGUAGAAGUUACACAAAAUCCAUUUAGCAUCAAAGUCAUUAGAAAGAGCAAUGACAGAGUUUUGUUUGACACCAGCAUUGGUCCCCUGGUGUACUCUGACCAGUAUUUACAGAUCUCUACCAAACUUCCCAGCGAAUAUAUGUAUGGUUUUGGAGAACAUAUUCAUAAAAGAUUUCGUCAUGAUUUAUCCUGGAAAACAUGGCCAAUUUUUACACGGGAUCAACUUCCUGGUGAUAACAAUAAUAAUUUAUAUGGCCAUCAAACAUUCUUUAUGUGCAUUGAGGAUACAUCUGGAAAGUCAUUUGGUGUUUUCUUAAUGAAUAGUAAUGCAAUGGAAGUUUUAAUCCAGCCUACACCAAUAGUAACUUACAGAGUAAUUGGUGGGAUUCUGGACUUUUACAUCUUUCUAGGAGAUACUCCAGAACAAGUGGUCCAACAAUAUCAAGAGCUCACUGGACUACCAGCAAUGCCAGCAUACUGGAGUCUUGGAUUCCAACUAAGUCGCUGGGAUUAUAAGACACUUGAUGUAGUGAAGGAAGUGGUAAAGAGAAAUCGGGAUGCUCGUAUACCAUUUGAUACACAGGUGACUGAUAUUGACUACAUGGAAAACAAGAAAGCCUUUACUUAUAAUAAAGUUGCAUUUAAUGGACUCCCUGAAUUUGUUAAAGAUUUGCAUGCACAUGGACAGAAAUAUGUUAUCAUCUUGGACCCUGGAAUUGCCUUAAGUAAUCUUGAAAAUGGACAACAAUAUGAGACAUAUGUGAGGGGAAAUGAACGAAAGGUGUGGGUAAAUGAGUCAGAUGGAAUUACUGCACUAAUCGGAGAGGUAUGGCCAGGGUUAACUGUGUACCCUGAUUUUACUAAUCCAAACUGCAUUGAGUGGUGGGCAGAUGAAUGCAAACGGUUCCAUGAGACAGUGGAAUAUGAUGGACUUUGGAUUGACAUGAACGAAGUUUCCAGCUUUGUUCAAGGUUCAACAAAAGGCUGUGGUGAAAACCUACUGAAUUAUCCCCCUUAUACUCCAGAUAAAAACUCACAUAAAAUAUUGAUGGUUUACUCUAAGAAUUACAUUAAAUUGAAAUUAAAAUUUAGAAUUUACAAACAUUAUUAUUAUAUUAAAAUGUGUCUGAUCUAUUUGUUAAAUUUUAUUUUAAGAGCUAUAGAGAAAGUUUUUCCAAAUAAGAGAAGCUUUAUCCUCACCCGGUCAACUUUUGCUGGAACUGGAAGACAUGCUGCACAUUGGCUAGGAGACAACACUGCUUCUUGGGAGCAGAUGGAAUGGUCUAUCACAGGAAUGCUGGAGUUUGGCUUAUUUGGAAUGCCUUUGGUUGGAGCAGAUAUCUGUGGUUUUGUUGUUGAAACUACAGAAGAGCUUUGCAGGAGGUGGAUGCAACUUGGGGCAUUUUAUCCAUUUUCCAGAAACCAUAAUGCUGAAAGAUAUCAGCAUCAGGACCCAGCAUUUUUUGGACCGGAUUCUCUUUUGGUUAAUUCAUCAAGGCACUACCUGAAUAUCCGUUACACAUUACUACCUUUCCUGUAUACUCUGUUUUAUAAAGCCCACAUGUUUGGAGAAACAGUGGCAAGGCCAUUUCUUCAUGAGUUUUAUACUGACACCAAUAGCUGGAUUGAGGAUACUCAGUUCUUAUGGGGCCCUGCUUUACUUAUUACCCCUGUCUUGAGGCAGGGAAAAGAUACAGUGAGUGCAUACAUCCCUGAUGCUACUUGGUAUGAUUAUGAAACUGGUUCAAAAAGGCCAUGGAGAAAACAACGUGUUAAUAUGUACCUUCCAGCAGACAAAAUAGGAUUACAUAUUCGAGGAGGUUAUAUUCUCCCCAUUCAAGAACCUAGUGUAACUACAACUGCAAGCCGGAAGAACGCUCUAGGACUUAUAGUUGCAUUAAAUGAAACAAAUGAAGCACAAGGAGACUUUUUCUGGGAUGAUGGAGAAAGUAAAGAUACCAUAGAAAAGGGCAACUACAUCAUGUACAGAUUUUCAGCAUCCAGUGACAAAUUAGAUAUUACAUGCAUUCAUUCAUCAUAUGAAGAAGGAACACACUUAGCAUUUGAGACUAUAAAAAUCCUUGGAUUGACAAAAUCUGUUACACAAAUUACAGUGAUGGAAAAUGGUCAGCAGAGCAAUAACCACAGUUUCACUUACCAUCCUUCCAACCAGAGUCUCAUAAUUUACAACCUCAAGCUUCACCUUGGAAAGAACUUUACUAUUCAAUGGAAUCAAGUUCUAAGUGAAAAUGAAAAGUUUAAUUGUUAUCUAGAAGAAGACACUGCAAAUAAAGAAAAGUGUGAAGAACGUGGUUGUAUAUGGGAAGAGAUAUCUUCUAACUCCGGAGCACCUUCAUGUUACUUUCCUUUUCAAGUCAGCUCUUACUUAGUCAAUUCAACCCAUUACUCACCAGUGGGUAUAACAGCUGACCUUCAGUUGAAUACUAGAAAUGCUCAAAAAAAGCAACCUUCUGUACCCAUUUCAUUUCUUCGUGUGGAAGUGAAAUAUCACAAAAAUGAUAUGCUGCAGUUUAAGAUUUAUGACCCCCACAAAAAGAGAUAUGAAGUUCCAGUGCCAUUAAACAUUCCAGCUAAACCAACUAGUACUUAUGAAAAUAGACUUUAUGAUGUUGAAAUCAAGGAAAAUCCUUUUGGCAUUCAGAUUCGACGGAGAAGCACAGGAAGAAUUAUUUGGGAUUCACGCUUACCUGGAUUUACUUUUAAUGACCAGUUCAUUCAAAUAUCGACUCGCCUACCUUCACACUACUUAUAUGGAUUUGGGGAAGCAGAACACAGAGAAUUUAAGCAAGACUUGAACUGGCAUACUUGGGGCAUGUUCACAAGAGACCAGCCCCCUGGUUAUAAAUUAAAUUCGUAUGGAUUUCAUCCCUAUUACAUGUCCCUGGAAGAUGACAGCCAUGCUCAUGGAGUUUUCCUACUAAAUAGCAAUGCUAUGGAUGUUACAUUUCAGCCAACUCCUGCUCUAACUUACAGAACAAUUGGAGGAAUACUGGACUUUUAUAUGUUUCUGGGCCCAACUCCAGAAGUUGUAACAAAACAAUAUCAUGAAGUAAUUGGCCGACCAGUAAUGCCACCAUAUUGGGCUUUGGGAUUCCAAUUAUGUCGUUAUGGGUACAGAAAUACUUCAGAGAUUCAGCAACUAUAUGAUGAAAUGGUGGCUGCUCAGAUACCUUAUGAUGUCCAAUACACAGACAUUGAUUACAUGGAAAGGCAACUAGACUUUACAAUUGGUGAAAGUUUCCGGGACCUUCCUCAGUUUGUUGAGAAAAUAAGAAGUGAAGGAAUGAAAUACAUUAUUAUCCUGGAUCCAGCAAUUUCAGGAAAUGAAACAGAGACUUAUUCUGCAUUUGAAGAAGGAAUGAAGAAAGAUGUCUUUGUCAAAUGGCCUAACAGUGAUAUUUGUUGGGGAAAGGUUUGGCCAGAUUUGCCCAAUGUAACAAUUGAUGAAAGUCUAACUGAAGAUGAAGCUGUUAAUGCUUCAAGAGCUUAUGUAGCAUUUCCAGAUUUCUUUAAGAAUUCAACAGCUGAAUGGUGGGCAAAUGAAAUUACAAAUUUCUACAAUAAUCACACGAAAUUUGAUGGCUUGUGGAUUGAUAUGAAUGAGCCAUCAAGUUUUGUACAUGGGUCAGUUACUAAUCAAUGCAGGAAAGACGAGCUAAAUUAUCCUCCUUAUAUGCCAGCACUCACAAAAAGAACUGAUGGAUUACAUUUCAGAACUUUGUGUAUGGAAACUGAACAUAUUCUAAGUGAUGGGUCAUCAGUUUCACAUUAUAAUGUUCACAAUCUAUAUGGAUGGUCACAAGCAAAACCUACUUAUGAUGCAUUGCAGAAAGUAACUGGCAGAAGAGGAAUCAUUGUUUCUCGUUCCACAUAUCCAACUGCUGGGCGAUGGACAGGACACUGGCUUGGUGACAACUAUGCAGAGUGGGACAACUUAGACAAAUCAAUCAUUGGUAUGAUGGAAUUUAGUCUCUUUGGGAUAUCUUAUACUGGAGCAGAUAUCUGUGGAUUCUUCAACAAUUCAGAAUAUCAACUUUGUGCCCGCUGGAUGCAACUUGGAGCAUUUUAUCCAUACUCAAGAAAUCACAACAUUGCAUUUACUAGAAGACAAGAUCCUGUUUCCUGGAAUCAGACUUUUGCUAACAUGUCCAGGGACGUUCUAAAUAUUAGAUACACUUUAUUGCCCUAUUUCUAUACACAGAUGCAUGAAGCUCAUGCUAAUGGUGGCACUGUUAUCCGACCCCUUUUGCAUGAGUUCUUUAAUGACAAGGAAACCUGGGAUAUAUUCAAACAGUUCUUGUGGGGUCCGGCAUUUAUGGUUACCCCUGUAUUAGAAGCUGAUACAGUAGUUGUAAAAGGCUAUGUCCCCAAUGCUCGCUGGUUUGAUUACCAUACGGGUAAAGAUAUUGGUCUCAGAGGACAGUUUAAUGAAUUUGAUGCUCCAUUAUAUAAAAUAAACCUACAUGUCCGUGGUGGUCACAUCUUACCAUGCCAACAACCUUCUCAAAAUACAUUUUACAGCCGAAAAAAUUACAUGAAGCUAAUCGUUGCUGCUGAUGAUAAACAAAUGGCACAAGGAUCUCUGUUUUGGGAUGAUGGGGAAAGCAUAGAUACCUAUGAAAAUGGCCUGUAUUCCUUGGUACAAUUUAAUUUAAACAAGACUACCUUAACAAGUACUGUAUUGAAAAAUGGUUACCUAAACAAAGAUGAGAUGAGACUUGGAUUCAUCAGUAUUUGGGGAAAAGAAAAGACUUCUGUAAACAAAGUUACACUCCUAUAUAAUGGAAAAAAUGAGUCAGUUACAUUUACAGAAGAACUAGACAAGGAGAUAUUAAGUAUUAAUCUGAUAAGGAAUAAUGUUGUUCUAUAUGAACCAAUAGAAAUCACCUGGUCUUGA